AUGUUCGAUCCAGAUUUCUCAUCAUCUUCAUCAACGAAAUAUAACGAUAUCAACUUAUCUACCUCCCAGUCAACCUCUUCUACUGCAUUAUUAAGUAACAUAAGGGUAGAAAGGGAGCUGAGAGAACGAAAGAAGAAAGAGCAGAAUUGUGCGAUUACGAUACAGCGAAUAUGGAGAGGGAGAAGGAUAGCCAGGAGGUUUAGAGAUGAUUUGAUCUCUCGUUUGGAAGAUGAUGAUGAUGUGGAAAGGGUAGGAAGGGGACUGGUGGUGUUGCUUAGAGAGGGAUGGGGGAGGGAUAGAGGUAGACUGGAGGCACUGGUGGGAAAUUGGUGUGAGAAGGCAUUGAAGAAGGAUCAUGAUGGAAUACACCGAUCCAUCCUCCCGCUCAGUAAAGAUGCAGAUUGGUCGAUUAUUUUGGGAUUGUUGAGUGCAAGGACACUGCAGCUGGUGAAUCUCAACCCUAUUUUGACAUCGACGCCUGUCCUCCUUGCGGCUCUCGAGAGUGUAUUUGAUCCGCUUUCGUAUUCUCAUCUCUCUCAGGAAACGCAGAAUUAUGCAAAAGAGAUUUUGGUUGGGAUUGUAGAAAGUAGAUCAUGGGUCGAGACGAUCGUGCAAAGCAUAGAGCAGCUUGUGGCUCUCAAUCUACCAAAGAAGAAACACCCACACCUGGUCCCAUUGACCAGACUACUCACCGCACCUUUCUCACUCAUCUCUCCUGCAUCGACUUCACCACUCUUCCCUCCCUUGAUCAACCACCUCCUCGCUAUACCUUCAUUGCCUUCCUCUCUUCCCAUCCCAGCCUUGUCACACUUAUCGACCCACCUCAACCUCUUUACUCUCCUACUUCCCUAUGCCUCCCAGAAUCCCCAAGUGCUGAAAGAAGGUAGACUGCAGAACGAGAUUGGCAAAACCUAUUUCUUGGCUAAUCUCACGACAUUCGGUAUAACCGGUGGGAUGUUAUCGAGGUUCGGAGCAGGGGGGAUAAGCAACUGGAUGAACGUUAUUGGUAAUGUUCUCAAAGACGUCAAUGAAGGAUGGGGUAAAUGGGUUGAUGGAUUGUUAGAUGAUGACGAUAUGGAGAUGAAUGGUAUGCCAAUAAUGAUAGAUAGCGAUGAAGAAGAUGAAGAAGAUCAAAAUGACGGACCAUCAAAUAAAGUGGUACCAAUUAAACAGAAUAAACAACCGAGACGUAUUCAGCUACCUAAAGCGAUCUCGAACAAGGUGGUAAUUCUAGCUACGCCACAACAUCUUUCUACACUUACUACGCAUAUUAUCCAACCUUCUUCAAAGACUCCUCAGUCGUUUAUCAAUGAUUUCUCGAUGUUCUGUGCGGGACUGCUGAGCGCUUUUAGAGGUAGUCCGAAAUGGGAGAAUGUGUUAGAUUCCUUAUUGAGUAAAGGACUAAUUAGGAGGAUAUGGAGAGAAGGGGUGAGGGGUAGAUGGAUGGGAUCAGAUCAGAGAGAAGUAUGGGAUGGGUUUAGUGAUAACGCCGACGCACCAGCCCUCAUUCUCCUCACAUACGUAUACAACCAUUACCUUUUGCUCACUCCAGAUGACGAAUUCUUCUCCACUACUUCAAAUGCCCUAUCAACAGAUGAAAUACUAGAAUUAGCAGGUAUUUGGAGAGAUCUGGCUUUCUGGGGAUAUAUGAAUGGAGUCAGUGGAAAUGGAAGUUCGAGUGGACCUGCCACCACAAUGGGAAAGGAAGAGAUUAGAGGAUUAUUCACCAGAGGUGUCACCAGAGUCGUAGAGAGAAACGCUCGACGUCAAUUCGCCGAUCCAGAUUUCUGGACGAUGAAAUCGCAAUUAGACUUAAGAGGAUUUGUGGAAGCUGCCGUGUUCGAAGAUGCUGAAUUGACUUCUGCAAAUAACGAGGGUAUGGAUAUCGAGAUGAACGAUUCGUCAAGUCUUCCUAGAUGGGCCAGAGCUCGACAGCGAUUUACCAAAAGACAGAUGGCUUAUAUCUCACCUAGAUUGGGACUAUUGAACAAUUUACCGAUGAGCGUACCGUUUCAGACUAGAUUGGAAGUUUUCAGGAAAUUUAUCGAGUCCGAUCAAGAUAGAUUAGGGCUUGAUUACCAUAGUAGACGACAAAGAAAUUACGCAAAGAUAAGGAGAAGUCAUAUUGCCCAAGAUGGAUUCGAUGAGUUGGGCAAUCUGGGUCCGGCUUUGAAAAGUAGAAUAGAAAUUACUUUUGUCGAUCAACAUGGGAUGACGGAGGCUGGGAUUGAUGGCGGUGGAUUGUUCAAGGAGUUUUUGACAAACUUGUCGAAAGAGGUUUUCGACACCAAUAGAGGACUAUGGCUUGCUACCGAUCAGAAUGAGCUGUAUCCCAAUCCUCACUCUUACGCUACAGAACCCCAUCAGUUGGAAUGGUACCGAUUUAUUGGUCAGGUACUUGGUAAAGCGAUGUACGAAGGAAUGUUAGUCGAUGUGUCAUUUGCAGACUUUUUCUUGGCUAAAUGGCUAGGAAGACAGUCGUACCUUGAUGAUUUGAAUUCAUUGGAUAAAGAACUGUAUAAAGGAUUAAUAAUACUGAAGAAUUACCCCAAACCUGAGGAACUCGCAUUGAACUUUGCUAUAACUGAAGAUGACUUCGGUGUGAAACGUACACUUAACCUGGUACCUAACGGUUCAGAAAUCGCUGUUACUGCUGAAAACAGACAUGAGUACAUUCAAUUGGUCUGCAAGUACAAGUUGGACAGACAGAUCUCCGCUCAGAGCAGAGCAUUCUUCAAUGGAUUAUCGGAUCUCAUCGACGCUAAAUGGCUGAGAAUGUUCGAUCAACAAGAACUACAACAACUCAUAGGUGGUGAAGAGACUUUAAUUGAUAUCGAUGAUCUCCGAGCACACUGCUCGGUCGACGGAUUCCCGAAUGAUACCACCCCUCGAUUGUUCUGGAAGGUAGUCAAGGGAUUUACGCAGGAGCAGAGGAGAGCUUUGUUGAGGUUUGUGACCAGUUGCUCUAGACCACCCUUAUUGGGUUUCGGAUAUCUGUAUCCUAAGUUUGGUGUCAAGUUCAAUGGCAAUGAUACAUCCAGAUUACCUUCGGCUUCCGCUUGUUUUAAUCUACUCAAAUUGCCGGGUUAUACGACCGAACAAUCACUUCGUACGAAAUUACUUCAAGCCAUCACGUCCGGAGCUGGAUUUGACAUGUCAUAG